AUGAUGAGUGGUGAAGUUAUCGACUCAAUUUACCGGCUCGGUACAACAUUCCACCAACUACACAACGACAACACCGACCCGGCAUCGGAGACGACAUCGACGACAACUGCGACCGGACAGAACAUCAUUGUGCGAACCUUUCCCGGCGAGAGCAGGAAGUUGAAAUUUCCCCCGCGGGAAAUCUGCGGUUGCCGUGUGGUGCGACGGCCGCCGCUGUUGUUCUGUGCACGUGAACGCCUCCGAUGCUACGCUUGCAGUGUUACCGCCAAUUCCGGAGACAACCGAUGCAUCACCGAUCCGGCAAGCGUUGAAGGGCAGAGUGUCGUCACCUGUAAUCGAAAGUACUGCACCAUCCAACGACAGGAAAUGAUGGAUCCACCCGACAAGGUCAACACAUUCCUGCGCGGCUGCGAAGAGAAUCCGUUGUUUCUUAACGACGUACUCGAGGAUUCCACAUUUCGGACGUACUAUCGCUCAUGCUCAUCGGACCUUUGUAAUUCUGGAGAUGGAUUGCAAACUGCCAGUGGUCUUUCCGGAUUGGACGCAGGAGCUUCGGAGAAUUUGCUCGUACCGGGCCUGCUAGGAUCCGCUUCCACCACCAUCCGGGGCAGCGGCUUUCUUGUGCCAUCGUUUCUCAUUUCAAUGAUAGCAGCUCUUCACGGGACGGCUAUUGUUUAAUAAACAAACAAACAAAUGAGCCUCAUAAAAUAUGUAACUAAGUUAAGAUGAACCGGAUAUUAAAAUUCGAACCGAUCUGAA